CCCUCCCCGGUCCCUCCCCGUCCCCCCCGCCCCUCGGGGCUCCCUCCCCGCGCCCGUCCCGCGGCGUUUCUCUCGGUGCCCGGUGCCAGAGCGGCGGGACGGGCCAUGGGGAAGGAUUAUUACCGCACGCUGGGGCUGUCCCGGGGCGCCUCCGCCGCCGAGAUCCGCCGCGCGUACCGGCGGCAGGCGCUGCGCUGCCACCCGGACAAGGACCGGUCCCCCGGCGCCGAGCAGCGCUUCAAGGAGGUGGCGGAGGCGUACGACGUGCUCAGCGACCCCAAAAAACGGGAGAUCUUCGACAAGGCUGAAAGGGGGAGCCCCGACCCCCGGCCCGGGGGGCUCCACCGGCCCCACCUUCACCUACACCUUCCGCGGAGACCCCCACGCCAUGUUCGCCGAGUUCUUCGACGGCCGCAACCCCUUCGACACCUUCUUCGCGCAGCGCAGCGGCGACGAUGAGGACGGCGAGGAGGCCUUCAACACCUUCCACGUGGGCGGCUUGGGCGGCGUCAGCUUCCCGCGGGCGCGGGGCGCCGAGGGCCGCCGGCAGGACCCCCCCGUGCUCCACGAGCUGCGCGUGUCGCUGGAGGAGAUCUACAGCGGCUGCACCAAGAAGAUGAAGAUCUCCCACAAGCGCUUGGGACCCGACGGGAAGACGGUGAGGAACGAGGACAAGAUCCUGACCAUCGAGGUGAAGAGAGGUUGGAAGGAGGGCACCAAGAUCACCUUCCCCAAGGAGGGCGACCAGACCCCCAACAACAUCCCGGCCGACGUGGUCUUCGUGCUCAAGGACAAACCGCACGACGUGUUCCGCCGCGACGGCUCCGACAUCGUCUACCCGGCCGAGAUCAGCCUGCGCCAGGCUCUGUGUGGCUGCUCCCUGACUGUCCCCACGCUGGACGGCCGCUCCAUCCCGCUGCACUUCCAGGACGUGCUCCGGCCGGGGGUCCGCCGCCGGCUGCCCGGGGAGGGGCUGCCGCUGCCGCGCUGCCCCGAGCGCCGCGGGGACCUCCUGAUCGAGUUCCAGGUCACCUUCCCCGAGAGGAUCCCGCCCGCCUCCAAACCCCUCCUGGAGCAGCUCCUGCCCCCCUAGGGACCCCAAAACUCCCGGGGGGACCCCCGAGACAGGGACGGGGCCGGGGGGGGCGAUGGGG